AAGUGACUGCUUUAUAUAUAAGUUAUUAGAGAAUAAAACAACUUUCAAAAAGGAUUUUUAGUAAAGUAAAUACAACGCAUAAUAUACAGGAUGUUUCAGGAUCCAUGGGACAAAGUAAGAACCCGUGCAAUUAUGCUGAAAUGAGGCUCACCCAAAAAUCGGGUGGGAUACGCACAUAAAAAGAAAGCACGUGGUGAUCUUCGGACAAUAAACGCGCGCGAAGACAGCCACAUAAUGUCCUCUCUGUUUCUCGUAUUCUCACUGUAUUCUUUUCUAUUUUUAUUUUUAUUUUAUAGACAACUUCACGGUGUCAUAAUGUUUUCUGGAAAGUUUUGUAAUGAGCUUCACACUAUUUACCAUUUACAACAAAAUGUCAUUCGAGAUUUUUAAACCCCUUUCUCCUUUUCUUUAAAUAUAAAUUGUUAAAAAAGACUAAAAUAGAAAUAAAAUUAUGGCAGUUGUAGGAAUUAAUGGAUUUGGAAGAAUAGGGAGAAUGUGUCUUCGCGCUUGCCUCGAGAAGCGCAUUGAUGUAAAAUUAAUCAACGAUCCAUUCCUUACAACGGAAUAUAUGAUAUAUCUUUUUAAACACGACUCUACUCACGGGCCACAUCCUUUGUCCCUGGAAUGCGACAAUGAGUUUAUAGUUAGUGGUGAGACCAGAAUCGCUACAUCACAUGAAAAGCAACCGUGGAAAAUACCAUGGAAGAAUAAAGGAGUGACGUACGUAAUAGAAGCUAGCGGAGCAUUCACAACACUAGAGAAAGCCAGCUUGCACAUCGACGGCGGCGCAAAAAAAGUUAUCAUCACCGCACCGUCGAUCGAUGCACCGAUGCUCGUUUUCGGAGUCAAUCACACUUGUUACAAUCCCAAGAGAGACGGUGUCAUUUCUGCGACGUCCUGCACCACGAAUUGCGCAGCUCCAAUCGUCAAAAUUAUGCACGACAACUUCGAGGUUCUCGAGGCGAUGAUCACCAGCAUACACGCGGUGACAGCAUCCCAAAAUACCGUGGACGGUCCGGUAGAAAAGCUUCGACCUACGGCAUUGUGGAGGGACGGUAGGGGCGCGCUCCAGAAUAUCAUUCCGACCGCGACCGGCGCGGCCAAGUCAUUAGCCAAAAUUAUCCCUGAGCUGAAAGGCAAGAUUUCAGCCAUCGCGUUCAGGGUACCGAUCCCCAACGUUUCAUUGUGCGACAUGACAUUCAGGGUCAACAAACCGACGACGUACGAGGAAGUGAAAGAGACGAUGAGAGAAGCGGCCGAGGGACAGCUGAGAGACGUGCUGGGAUACACGGAGGACGACUGCGUGUCGUCGGACUUCAACCACACGACUUAUUCUUGCGUGUUCGACGCCAAGGCGGGCAUUCCGCAGACCAGCACUUUCAUCAAGAUCGUCGCUUGGUACGACAACGAAUAUGGUUAUGCGUAUCGUAUAACCGAUUUGGUUCAAUACAUGUAUAACGCCGAUUCCGGUAAUGUUCCUGUAACUGCUGGACAAGUUCUCGAGCAUGAUGAUGAUUAGGAGAACAACUUAUCAAAGUUAAAACUUAAAAUUCGAAUACGCACUUGUAUUCUAUUUUAAACCCUUGCGAAUACGCAUCUUAUAAUUUUUAUGCAACUAUCCUCUUCUAAAAUAAUAUUAAAAGAUAUCGAGUUUAAACAACAAACGAA